UGGAGGAUGGAUUCCCUUUCAGAGAGUGAGAUAGCGGAGAUAGCGAGACUCCAGAGAGAUGCUGGCGUGCAGAGGCUCAGCUGUCACUUCUCAUGGCCUGAGUUCUGUGAUGAGCGGCGGUGCUUCCAUCAGGACUUUGUGUAUGACGUCGCCAUGUUUGCCGCCGCCCAUGGCUUUCCCUGGCCUGAUGUGAUCCGCACAGCUGUGACCGCCAAAUGCAUCUUCCCGCAGCUGGAUGGUCUCGACAUACCCCAACUCUUGUCCUUGCUGAGAGAUGCACUGUCCGAGUGUCUACCAAACCUUACCCCCGUACACCGACACAAGUUCACCCGGUUCCUCGCAGACACCUGCGCCAGGCGGCGGAGGCUUUUCCAGGCGGUGGUGGGUGGAGCUACUAACAUGUCCAUCGUUCAGCUACACUUGGAGGUGCAGUUGCCGCCCACACCCUACCCUCUGGCACAGGGCACAGAGCUGCAUGAGUGGGAGCAAGCCCCGCUCACCUCAACCUUGCGGCAGAAGGAGGAGGAGCUGAGGAGUCUCCGAGAUGGGCCAAGGGUCACUCUGGGGGAUAUUCCUGAGGAUGUGCAACUGGACGAAGAGGGGGUUUUGGAGCUGGUUCAUACAGCCGUGAGGGCCACUGAAGGCCAGAUGCUGGCGAGUCUGAACCAAGAGGCCUCCCUGCUCAGUGACAUCCUGCAUCUCAAACUGCAGCAGGCACCUUUGGCCACCGGGAGGCUCCAAAAUCCUGUUCCUUCCAAUACGGGUCAUGUCAGUCUACAUCCAGACUCACUGGCAAAGGCAAAGAUACAAACAGCUAAAACUAAAACGGGAGGGAAGUAGUCUGGAAAUGCCGUGUGAGGGCAAGACCUGAGUUAAUAAAG